AAUUACUAGCAAUUUUUAAAUGAGAAACAAGCAAAGAAAAUCCAGUAUGGUAUAUCGUUGCCAAGCCUGCUACUUGUAUAAACGUUAGUAAGAGAUAACUUCAGACCUUUGUCAGACCUCGGGGACUUCUUAUCCGAUCUUAUAUACUAAUCAACAUGUUGUGUAUCACCUGUUCUGUUGGAGCAAAUAACCACCUGAUAUACCAAGUAAAUGCGGUGGCUUAUCAACAAAUACCUACAUGUAGGCUGUAUACAUACAUGUAACAUAAAUCGACCAUGGCAAGCUCAAAGUCCUUUCCAAAGAUUUACACAAAGACCGGCGACAAAGGUACCUCUUCAACAUACACAGGUGAGCGGAGAUCCAAAGAUGACAUCAUAUUUGAAGCUUUAGGGUCAACAGAUGAACUGACUUCAGCUAUUGGAGUAGCUGCAGAGUUCUGUAAGGAUCAAGUUCUUGUCAAUCAACUAGAACAGGUUCAGUGUGUUCUACAAGACAUUGGAUCAUGUGUCGCUACACCACAUUCUUCGGCAAGAGAAGCCCAUUUAAAAAAUACAGAAUUUAAACCCACAUUUACUACUGAUUUGGAAAAGUGGAUUGAUAAGUACACUGAAGAGUUACCUCCCUUGAAAAACUUCAUCUUGCCUUCUGGAGGCCAUUGUUCAUCUCACCUUCAUGUUGCUAGAUCAAUUUGCAGAAGGGCCGAGAGAAGAGUUGUUCCACUAGUGAAAGCAAAUGAAGUAUCCCAGGAACCUUUAAAAUACUUAAACAGACUUAGUGAUUUUUUGUUCACGGCUGCAAGAUAUGCAGCAAUGAAAGAUGGAAAGGAGGAGAAAAUUUACAGUCGACCAAAAUCUUCAGAUGACAGCAACUCAUCAAAAUGAUGGAAUUUGACAUCAUAAUUUCAUAAGUUCUGAAAUGCUCAAAUUGCUUAUUAUAUACAUGUAUUUAUAUUUCUUUAGUGAAUAAAGAGUGCUAGUCUUUUGCCAUUUA